GGCUCUUCUUCCGGAGAUCCUUCUGUGCAGCUGUGAAUAUUUUGUGUCGAAGUUUUCAGCCCAAAUACUCUGUGAUAGUCGCUAGAUUUCACCAAAAUUGUUUGGAGGAGCAUGUUGAAAGUGUUCAGUAUCAGUGUUGGAAUUUUAAGCAGACACUCCUGUUGUUUAGCGCUGGGAAUCAGAAGGAUGAGCCACAAUAUCGCCCCAAAUAGGUUGUCCGGGAAGGUGGCAGUCGUAACAGCGUCCUCAGAUGGUAUCGGUUAUGCGAUUGCGGAGAGAUUGGCCCAAGAGGGAGCAAAGGUCGUCGUGAGCAGCCGAAAAGCCCCAAAUGUUGAGAGAGCUGUGGCUCAGUUGAAGGCAAAAAAUCUUCAGGUGCACGGAAUAAAAUGCCAUGUUGGAAGUGCUGAGGACAGGAAGAAGCUCUUUGCUGAGGCAGAGAAGCAAUUUGGAGGAAUUGACAUUCUUGUGUCCAAUGCAGCUGCAAAUCCGGAGAUGUCCACGCUCUUUGAGUGCUCAGAAGCAGCCUGGGAGAAGAUUUUUGAAAUCAACGUUAAGUGUUCUUUCCUGCUGACAAAGGAAGUUGUGCCAUUUAUGAGGAAAAGAGGCGGUGGAAGUAUUGUCUACGUAUCCUCAAUUGCAGGCUUCAACCCCAUGCAACUCCUCUCGGCUUAUUCUGUGUCCAAAACUGCCCUCUUCGGCCUCACAAAAGCCGCAGCCAUCGAUGGAGGAUCUGAGAAUAUUCGGGUUAAUUGUGUAGCACCCGGAGUCAUUGAGACCAAAUUUUCUCAACCGUUGAUUGCUGAUUCAAGUUCCAAGGAAGUUGCUGAAAAUCAAACACUUCUCAGAAGGAUUGGACAGACUCAUGAGAUUUCGGGAGUGGUCGCCUUUCUGGUUUCAGAUGAUGCCAGUUACAUCACUGGAGAGAAUAUUGUCGCAGCUGGUGGAAUGCACAGUCGUCUCUAGACUCAUUUAAAUUGUCAAUAAAAUUGUUUUUGAGGAAAAAGUGAUGGGGCAAUAUCAAAAGGUGUAGGCAAGAAAAAAUACAUUUUUAUUUGUUACUUUUUAUUUGCAGAAUGGGUAAUUAAAAAUUAUUAAAAAGACCAAAAAA